AUGGUUCCUCCCCCUACCGAUAAUUAUUGGGAUGCUGAGAUAAUUCUUCAAAUGUAUUUGCAUGAUUAUAUGAUCAAAAGGGGAAUGCACAACACAGCUGAAAUUUUCAAGAAGGAAGCGCAAGUUCCCAAUCAACCUGUUCGUAUGCAAGAGAAGAACCAAGAUUUUGGGUCAACGUCCUCUAGUAAGGUCCCAACUAUGACACAUAAUGCAAGAAAUAAUGUUCCUCUUAGAAUCCCUGAGAUAUCAACCAAUGACAAGAGGAUUUCACAACAUAUCAACUCUCGCUUUCACAACAUGAUGUCAGGUUCAACUAUUUUUGCAACUUCUUCCUUCGAUAGAUCUGUGAAACUAUGGGAUGCAGGAAUGGGAGGUACCAAACAGGUCAGGUUCCAACCUUAUUCUGGAGAUUUAUUGACUACUGCUACAGAAAAUAAUAUAAAAAUAGUUGAUGUGGAGACAAAUAGUCUUCUACACAGUCUAGAGGGUCAUACAAAAGAUGUCAUCUCCAUUUGUUGGAAUAAGAAUGGAAACUAUAUUGCAUCUGUUAGUGAAGAUUGUGCACGUGUCUGGUCAUUGGAUGGAAAAUGCAUAAGUGAAUUACAUUCAGAUGGCAACAAGUUCCAAUCAUGCAUAUUUCAUCCAGCAUAUUCUAACCUUUUAAUUAUUGGUGGUUAUCAGACAAUGGAGUUGUGGAGUCCUACUGAGAGCAGUAAAACAUGGAUUGUUCCAGCUCACAAUGGAUUAAUAACUGGACUAGCAGAUUCUUCUAAAAAUGAAUUGGUUGCCUCAGCAAGCCAUGAUCAAUGCGUGAAGCUAUGGAAAUGA